AUUGAGCGCCAUCUGUUGGCCUCAUUUAACUAACAACUAUGCAAGAAUCUGUUACAGGUCGCAAAUUGGAGAGCCUUUUACCUCCUUACGAGUCUCCUCCACCAUGGAUUCCUCCUCAUCUAAGAAAAGGGCACAUGUUUUAUGAUAACGACAUCGAGCAGUUCCUCCCCAGGAUCUUAUACAUUCGUAGACAAAAUUCUCAAUCUACGUUAGGGUUUCAUAUAAGAGGAGGAAAAGAAUAUCAUUGCGCCAUUUAUGUCUCUAAAGUUAUUCAGGGAUCGGAAGCUGAAAGAGUCGGACUAUGCGAAGGUGACCAAAUCUUAGCAGUUAAUGGAGUAUCGUUUGAAAAUCUAUCACAUUCGGAGGCUGUUAGAGUUUUAACUGGAACCAAUGAAGUAGAAAUUACUGUGAAAUAUUUCCCCUAUGGAUAUCGAAGAUCUUUUGAUAGAACAAAUCUAAUAGCCGACAUUCAAGAUCAGGAGAAAGACAGAAAAAUUUACGGAAUGGCAACCAGAGCAGCAGCAUUUUCAUCAAAAAUACGAAAUCUAAAAGAUUAUCACUAUAGAAUAAUCAAUAACUUAACACCCCAACCUUCGGGAGUGGACGUUGCAAAUACUUUAAAAUAUUUUUCUCAGACUCUUUUAAGCGUCCUAAAGGAUGUUCCACCAGUUCUUAGUGGUUUCUCUUUCACUGAAAGGCAGCAAGAUUUCGUUAGAUCAUCUUUAUUUCCUAGUUUAAAUUAUUCGGGUUUAUAUCAAGCGGUUAUUAGCAUAUUAGACAUAGUUCCCCAAAUUCACCAGGGUCAAAUGACUUUGGGAGUUGCUGUCUUAAAUGUUCUCGGCUGUUUGGUAUCUUUUAUUGAGAACGAAGUGUUGGAUACUCUUCCAUUUACUGUCGCUUCAACCCUUGCCUUUUUCCCCGUAUCACUUCAGUAUCACAUUAUCAGUCUAUUAUGUAACAACUUACUGCCUAUUACGUUAGGCUAUUACGGGAUAAAUGAUUCUCCGACUUAUGCCUCCAAUUCAGUGGCUUCAAUUUUAAUGCUAGUAUAUCAACAUGUAGAAAAUCCUGCUUAUCACUCAAGAGUUUUGGAAUGUUUUAUGAGUUAUAAGAAAAAUGUUGUUAAAGACCUGUUAAUGGUAAUAGCAUAUGGUCCUCCUGCAGCUAAAACACCUGCAGUUGUUCAUCUUUUUCACUAUUGGCCUCAAAUGGAUCCUGCCCUCACCGACAAACGUGGGAAGAGUUUCACGGAGUGGACGCCAAUCUUAUGUCAGAAAGAAGGUUGCUUAAAUAAAAAUGAAAGUCGAGCUGUUAAGAUGUGUAUGGAUCCCACACUUGUGGUACAAUGCAGUGAACAAUCCCCGCCAUUGUAUUUGUGCGUUGAUUGUGCUCAUGUUCUUCGACACGAGCAUGAAAAGAAGCUGAUUCCUGUUCUGAAACCUUUAGAACGGAUUGUUUCACUUAAAUGUGAAAAUAAAAACUGUAUGUCCCCAAAAAAUAAUGCAAUAAGCACAUGCUUUUCAAAUGAAUGUGCCAGCAUACUUGGCUGCAGGCCUAUUCGCUUAUGCCAAGCUUGUCAUGAAUUAAAACAUGAUAAAGAAAAAGAAAAAUCUCAUAUUUAUGCAAUGAGCAUGCCUGAUUUAUGGUCAAGUCCUUCCGAUAUGCAAUGGAUUUUGGUUGAAGCUAUAGUUAGUCUGCUAAAAGAGGCUGAGCCUAUUGAAGACAAACGAAAGGUAGAAAUGGGCGAGGAAAGGUUAGUCACUGGUUUAGCAGACAUGAACGACGAUGAUGCAGAAAACGAUGCAAAUAUUGCCGGAAAUGCUUUAGAAAAGUUGAAACCCAAUUAUAUAUGUGCUUGGUUAAAAACAAUUUGUAGAACUCAUCUGGAAGUAGUAAUAUCUUGUCUGCUACCUCAUCCCUGUGAAUAUGCCAAAGUCGGAGGCCAUUGGGAAACACUCUCAUCAAGGACAAGUCAAAUAAAAGAAGGGCUAAAUCGUUUGUUUUGUUUGGUUCCCUACGAUAUAGUAACAUUCGAAGUAUGGGAUUAUGUUAUGCCAUUUUGGAUGGAAGCUAUAAGAACAGAAAUUCCAAGACAGGAGCAAAUGGAAUUAAAAGUCUUGUUAUGUAAAGUUUUUGAUGUCGAUAUGUGCCCUUUGUCCUUCGAUAUGGAACACGUCUAUCAUUUCAUUAGCGAGAAAUUUGAAAACACAUCAUCCUCUGUUCAGGAACAAACUUUACUAUGGCUUCAGAUUUUGUCAUUAGUUGACAUAAUAGUUCCCCUGCAUAUUCUCCUAGAUAUGUUUCAGAAAGGGGUACAAACAAUGAAACUCGAAGAGAAAGAUGAUAUCGAGCAAGAGGCUCAUGAGAACUUAGAUGAACCAGUAGAAAAUGUUACCUGUUACCUUCUCAUGCUGGAUAUUACUCUCAAACAAAUUGAGAUGCAGUCUAUGUCAGCUCAUAUGGGAGUAUACAACGAAACUAGUAAACAAUUAAUGUUGCUGUUGACCUCUAUGAUAUCUACUCCAUGGCAAGGCAAACAUACCUGUGACUCGGAUACAGAAAUAAUUGAGUGCAAGUCUUGUGAAAACGGUGCAAUUUGGCAUCAAAUAGCUUAUCAGUUAUUGGCCUAUAUAACACCAAGAGAUGAAAUUCAAAUUCCUGAAAAAGAUAUACCGCGAAUAGAUGAAAUUCAUCAUAAUAUAUUCUCAAAAUCAGAUAAAGAAACUCCAGUUACUGAACAAAAAGUUGAUGAUGUUAAUCUUCAAUUGAAUGUAGACCAGCAAUUGCCUCAUCUUCAACUUUUAUACGCUUUACUUCAAGAACUAUCCCACCAAACAGACGCUGACGCCCUUUUCUAUCUUCUGCACUCCCUCAGGUAUUUAUGCUUACACGGGGAGUGCUUAAAUUAUGGAAUAAGAGACAACGAAAUGCUUGUAAAACAUUGUCUGAAAACACUGUUUAUUCCGAGGCUUUUGGAAGCCAAGCAUUCGACCUUGGGUACGAUUGGCGUUCCAUUGCUACUUCAUUGCUUAACUAUUCCAUCUGGUGCUGAUGUAUUUUGGCAUCUCGUUGAGGAAGAUUUCACAAGUGAAGAUUGGACAUCCAGAUUUUCUGCAGUCGAAAAAGUAGUUAUUGUAUCUCGUCUUAUUCAACCUGAAACCAUUAUGAACAAUCAUGUUAUCUUAACUGCUAUUGCUCAUGCAACGUGCUAUUUGAUCGAUAUGUUGAAUGAUGUUAAACCAGAAGUUGCUCAGCGCACCCUUUUGUAUUUAGACACAAUUAAAACAUCAUCGUUAAAGUUUUUGAUGCAUGCAUUGGAGUUUCAAUUCGAUUCCGUAAUAAGUGACCGUAGUAUGAUAAUGCAACGAAUCUAUUUAUUAUUCGUAGCUUUAAGGAACAAAAGGGAGGUAAUCGGUUGGGAAUUUUUCCUGAGUAGAUUCGAUACCCUGUGCUUGGAGGCUCAACUCGAUUUGGACAAUAGCGUUGAUGCCUCAAGCGUUACUGGCCUAUCAAAUAACGAUCGACAAAGUGAACAUUUUUUAAGAAAGUUAAACAGAGCCAGAUUUGCUUUGGCAAGAACGAACAGUAUUCGUUCUUUGAGUGGAAGUUUAAAGCCCCCAUAUAGGAGAGCAGCUUCCGUUCCUCAUCAUCUAUUGGUUAAAAAUUGUGCCCAAUCAUUUAAAGAUAAAGAAAAGCAUUAUCCAAGGCAGCAAUCUGCUCCUCAAUUCAAUUUGCAUAGAAACCCAAGAGGAUCGAAAUUUGGCUUGAGCAUGUUUAGUAACUAUCCUGGCACUGGCCAUUUAAGGGAAUUUACUGAUGAAGAAAGUAAGCUGGCCGCGCUAUUACAAAGGGCUAUGGAGUUGGAAGGUGUUGAUAGUGAAACGGUUCACAUGCUGGUAACGUUUUUAAUGAAGUUUAUGACUACGUGUGACGUUUCCAAAGUAAACGAGGAUAAAAAUACUUCUCGCGUGCAAGGUGUUGUACUGCGUCAUCUAAACGUACUAUUGGGUUACAAUCAAAUAGAGAAGUCAUUCAGUGUUCCACCUUAUAAGCUUAGAAACUCAGCAGUCUUUAAUGCUUUUCUGGCUGGCUUACCUCAUGUUUUGGAUCGGAAUUUCGCAUUGGGAAACAUUAUAUUUCCGAUUGCCUAUUUGUUAUUAAAAUACUGCGCAUCACCUCAAAGAUAUGCUUCUGAUUAUCAACCGCCAAAUUAUACUCUUUGGCUGCUGGAUCCACAUUGUAGAUUGACUUGGUUACAAACUUUUCUCGUUAUUCUUUACAAAUACCAGUACAGCACAGCACCAGCUAAUGAGAUUAUACCAACAUUAAUGCAGAUUACGAUUAACACGGUUGACGCUCAUAUGCAUCAAUGCAAGGAACAUGACGAAACCAUGGCACCUCCCAGUCCCUUCGUACCUCGGCAUCGAGAUACCAGCAAUGUUUCGGUUGGUGAUUUAGAAAACAUCCAAGAGACUGAUACGCCUCCGCAGAGUCCAUCAGAUAGUCAAUCGUCAACAACAGGAGGAGAAGCUUGUAGUUUAAAGGCGCAAAAUAUUGAAGUGAUUUCUGAUACAGAGGAUAUAAAAGUUCCUUUGUCAGCUCAAUCAUCGACUACCUCGUCAAAAGUGAAAAAAGCCUUUAAUUUUGGCUCUCCAACUCUUCCUCGUAACAAUGCUUUGUCGAUUGCUUCACCAUCAGAAGCUGUCGAUGCUCUACAAAGAGAACAGCCUCGUAGGUUAGCUGAAUAUAAUGCAGGAUCAGGCAGUGAGAGAACUUUCAAACAAAGCGUUGAAGAAUUUAUGAUGAAAAGUAUCUCGAAAAUGAAAGAAACAUCUGAUAAGGAAGAUGUUUCUCCCACAAUACUUAAAACACCAGAGGAUCACGUGGAACAAAAGAUGGUGGAGCAAAUAGAGGAAUUUGAAAAGAAGCAAGUCUUGAGUUCUGUUCUAUCCUGUACAAUUGCAGAAGUGGAUGAAGAUGAAAAAUCAGCUGAAAAGUCUACUGAAAAGUCAGCUGAGGAUUCGACUGAGAAGCCAGUUGAAAAACCCCCUGACGAAAUUUCAACUGAGAAAUUACUGGAAGAUACUGCAAAACAAACUUCCAAACCAAAGCCUUUUGUUAAAAUUCCGAGCGCUAGUUUUGUUGAGAUGCAAAGCAAGGAAUUUCAACCAGAAAAAAUCACACGUCAAAGAGCUUCAAGUGCAAAAGAAGAAAAAGUUGCUAAUUUACAGGAUAAUAGUGAGACAGAGGAAUCCCCCAGUCAAAGUCCACGAAGAAGUAUGAAACCGAACUUUAGACAAAGAAAACAACGAAAAACUGGUCUUAAGACAAUAGAAUUGCAGAAGAUGUUUUCAGAUCUUGAAGAUGGUUCAAGUACAAAAUCUUCAAUAUGUAGAAAACCUAGAAAAUCAGAAUUACUGAAAGCAUCCUCUAAAAAGUCAACAUUACCUCAAAAUAAAUCCAGUAAUCAGGGAGAGACUGUUAUGGUUGAAAGAUGUCCGCAAUGUCAUUCUAUAUUAGAAAAAUACGAUGAUGAUACAAUAAGUCUAGCAAUCGUCUGUAUGUCCUGUUUUAUACAUAGAGAACCAGUUAUGGCAGCACCUCUACUUUUUGAUAUGCUAAAUGCUGCAAGUAGAAUAGCUGCGGGAAUUCAUUAUUCCUGGCAAAAUGAAAUACCAACUUUAAUAAUACCCGGAAAUUGUGUUAGUGUUGCUCGUCAAUUUAUUCGGUGUACCUUGCAUCAGCUGUCUCCUAACGGAAUUUUUUCGCAGUUGAUAGUGUCACAAAUAGACAAUUCAGAUUUAUUGAAAACAAUUGCGACAGCUCUAAUAGACUUUCAAGAUUUAAAUUGUUUUAUGGCUUUACAGUCGAUUUUAGAGGGUGUAAAUGAGAUGAAAAAUAUUAAUGAUGAUCAAAUAAUCAAUGCGGUCCAAAAUCUAGCUGUUUUUAUGGAUUACGUAGCGAUGGAAACACAAACACCUACUUGGAAUAAUAUUCUCCCUCUGUUUGAUAUUUUCUUUAGGCGCUUACCACAAUUUUUACCAACAAACUGUGAAAUAAGCAGUGUUUUUAAAAUUAUGAUUCAAGUUCUGAAAGUCCCUUCAUUAUCUAACUUCAAGACUAUUCUUGAACCAUUUAGCAAAAUGUUAUCAUUUGCUAUUCAAAAUUGCCGAUUCAAAUUGCAGCAAGUUCUUGAUAUAUGCUCCCUAGCAAAUAGGGCUUAUGCAAAAGAGAGAGAUAAAUUAUAUCUUACAAGAGGAAUAAUAGUUGAGCUAAUUCAAGCUUUAAAAUUUCGAGUUUCCCUGCCAGAUGAAAAUUUGAUUCUUCUGGUUCAAUUCGUAUGUCUCGAUUUGGGAGGCACUGUUGGUCCAACUGCAAUUACAGAAGAUUUAUCAAUAACCUUUGCCUUGUAUACCCAAAGUCUUGUGUCCACUGGAGCAGCAGAUUGUAUGAAACAGUAUACAAGCGAUUGCGUGGAAUUUGUUGCAGAUUUACACACUAUCUAUAAGAUAGGAACAAAUGCAUCAUCGAAGACCGGUAGCAAUCAAAGAGCUCAUCAAAAUUUAAAUGAAGACACAUUAGGAAGUCAACUGAAGGCUGGUAUAGCACAAUAUAUUGCUUUGGAAUUUACAAGAUCGCAUGGACGCGACAAUAAGGCAGUAAUUUCGAGAUAUAUGCCUUGGCUUUAUCAUCCCCCAUCAGCGAUGCAGCAAGGACCGAAGGAGUUUAUAGAUUGCGUCAGCCAUAUACGACUUCUCUCCUGGCUUUUACUAGGAGCUUUAACUCAUACUGCUGUAACAAGAAAUCAAGCCCCGACUUUCUGUCAGCCUAUUCCUUUGGAUGCAAGUUGUCAUAUUGCAGAUCAUAUUAUGGUAGUUCUAACAGGCUUUGCCGAGCAAUCUAAAGCAUCUGUUCUUCAUAUGUCAUCCCUCUUUCAUGCCUUUGUUCUCUGUCAACUAUGGACUGUAUAUUGUGAAUGUAGCUCUACACCAGAGCAAGAUCAAGAAUCACAUACAACUAUUAUGGAUUUUUGGGGUAGAGUAACGCCGGGUGCUCUACAGCUUCUAUCACAUUCUAAGGUACACUCAGAAAUGGUCAACCUUCAUAUCUUAAGUCUUAUGGAAGCUCUACAGGACGUUAAUUCUCCCGUUUUAGCAAAACUUUUCCCUAUGUGGACCCCUAUUCUAUACUCACAUCAUAAACAGCUACCCGGACAUAUGCAAGUACGCUUACAAAUGUGUCAAAAUUGGGAACCCAGAGAUAUAUAUGCCAAUAGCAACAAUUUCGAAACAGAUGUGCUGUUGAAGUGGUUAAAAAGAUUACAAUUUAAAUUGGGACAGAUCGAAGUUCAAUCGUCUGCUGCAACUCAAUUUUAUACUGUUUAA